AUGGUGAAAACUAAUACCAAGAAAGAAAAACGAGGUGGAUUUUUGUCGCGCACACAAGCUGUGCGGGCUUUGCAAGUCUCACUUGGCGACUUCCGCCGCCUCUGUAUUCUGAAAGGUGUCUACCCCCGUGAUGUUUCUGGAAAGGCAAAAAAGAAGUUGACCAAGGGAUCAACCAAACCAAUUACUGCCUACUACCGCAAAGAUAUCCAGUAUUUGCAGCAUGAGCCUCUACUUGCCAAGUUCCGCGAGCAUAAAAUAUUUGCCAAGAAGCUUUCUCGCGCUUUGGGCCGUGGAGAUGUAACAGAUGCUCAGCGGUUGGAUGUGAACCGUCCCCGUUAUACUUUGGAUCAUAUCAUCAAGGAACGGUACCCUACCUUUGUUGAUGCGCUGGGUGAUUUAGACGAUGCUCUGAGCAUGCUCUUUUUGUUUGCUAUCAUGCCUGCUACCGACAAAGUGUCUUAUCGUAUCACUCAGGAGGCCGAGAGAUUGUCUACUGAGUGGAUGGCCUUCAUUGCUCGCGAGGGCUUAUUGCGCAAGGUGUUUGUGUCCAUUAAAGGUGUGUACUAUCAAGCCAAUGUUCGUGGCCAGGACAUUAUGUGGCUUGUUCCCUUCAAGUUCCCUCAAAAUGUGCCUUCCGAUAUCGAUUUCCGCAUCAUGUUGACCUUUUUGGAAUUCUACACUACAUUGCUGCACUUUAUCCUUUACAGACUUUAUACGGACCAGAACCUGGUUUAUCCCCCUCAUAUCAACAAGUCUCGCGCCAGUGGUGUUGGUGGUCUGUCGUCUUUUAUUCUCGAAUCUACGGACUCGGGUCGGGCUCUUCCUGACGUCGAGACCAGCGGUAAAACGCAGGUCCAGAAGGUCAAAAUUGCCCUUGACAAGGUCAAGAAGGCAGACGCUGAAGCAGACGACGAGGACGACGCCGAGGAAGAUGCAGAGACCGAAGAGUUUGACACUUUCGAAGCGGGAGCAGAAGAUGGCGACUCGUUGGUUCAGCCCAAGGCCCGAGGCAACAGUGAUUUAUUUUCCAAGUUUACAUUCUACGUUGGGCGUGAGGUUCCUCUGGAUAUUAUCGAGUUCCUUGGUGCUGCAUUCGGCGCUCGUAUCAUUUCCGAGUCGGCUCUCGACGAGAUGGUGGACAACGAAGACGAAGAACAGAGCAACACUGUGGAUGUUUCCGAGGUGGACCUGAGUAAAGUCACGCACCAGAUUUGCGAUCGCCCAGCGGUCGCCAAUAAGGUCCCUGGUCGGGUGUAUGUCCAGCCCCAGUGGAUCUUCGACAGCGUCAACAAAGGUGAGCUUUUGCCGGUCGGCCCCUAUGCACCUGGUGAGACCUUGCCUCCCCAUUUGAGUCCUUGGGGCGACCGGGGUACCUAUAAUCCGGAGACUGCUGCGGACGACGAAGUUGACAGCGAAGUCGAGGAGGAAGAAGAGGACAGCGAAGUCGAGGACGAAGACGAAGACGACGGAGAAAAGGACGACGAGCAGCAGGAGCUGCAGCUCGAGGCAGCAGGCGUCAAGUACUCUGAUGCUCCGUCCAAGCCCAAGAAACGCAGCGCCAAGGUCUCUAAGGAGGACGAGGAGAAGGAGCUUCGUAAGAUGAUGAUGACGAGUAAACAAAAGAAGCUCUACGGUCGUAUGCAGCACGGUAAUGAUAAGAAGCAGGCACGCGAGGACAAGCUGCGGAGCAAGCGUCGCAAGCUGGAAAAGCUUAAGGAGAAGCUCGCCUAA